AUGCUCCUGCUUUCCAUCACCCCGCCCCAUUCUCCCGCUUUCCAUCACCCCGCCCCAUUCUCCCUCCUUCCAUCACCCCGCCCCAUUCUCCUGCUUUCCAUCAGCCCACCCCAUUCUCCCGCUUUCCAUCUCCCCGCCCCAUUCUACCUCCUUCCAUCACCCCGCCCCAUGCUCCCACUUUCCAUCACCCCGCCCCAUUCUCCCGCUUUCCAUCACCCCGCCCCAUUCUCCCUCCUUCCAUCACACCGCCCCAUUCUCCCGCUUUCCAUCACCGCGCCCCAUUCUCCCACUUUCCAUCACCCCGCCCCAUUCUCCCGUUUUCCAUCACCCCGCCCCAUUCUCCCUCCUUCCAUCACCCCGCCCCAUUCUCCCGCUUUCCAUCACCCCGCCCCUUUCUCCCUCCUUCCAUCACCCUGCCCCAUUCUCCCGCUUUCCAUCACCCCGCGCUAUUCUCCCUCCUUCCAUCACCCGGCUCCAUUCUCCCGCUUUCCAUCACCCCGCCCCAUUCUCCCGCUUCCCAUAACCCCACCUCAUUCUCCCGCUUUCCAUCACCCCGCCACAUUCUCCCGCUUUCCAUCACCCCGCCCCAUUCUCCCGCUUUCCAUCACCCCGCCCCAUUCUCCCGCUUUCCAUCACCCCGCUCCAUUCUCCCGCUUUCCAUCAUGCCGCCCCCUUCUCCCUCCUUCCAUCACCCCGCCCCAUUCUCCCUCCUUCCAUCACCCCGCCCCAUUCUCCCGCUUUCCAUCAGCCCGCCCCUUUCUCCCGCUUUCCAUCUCCCUGCCCCAUUCUCCCACUUUCCAUCAACCCGCCCCAUUCUCCCGCUUUCCACCACCCCGCCCCAUUCUCCCGCUUCCCAUCAUCCCGCCCCAUUCCCCCGGUUUCCAUCACCCCUCCCCAUUCUCCCUCCUUCUAUCACCCCGCCCCAUUCUCCCGCUUUCCAUUACCCGCCCCAUUCUCCCGCUUUCCAUCACCUCGCCCCAUCUCCCGCUUUCCAUCACCCCGCCCUAUUCUUCUGCUUUCCAUCACCCCGCCCCAUUCUCCUGCUUUCCAUCACCCCGCCCCAUUCACCCGCUUUCCAUCACCCCGCCCUAUUCUUCUGCUUUCCAUCACCCCGCCCCAUUCUCUCGCUUUCCAUCACCCCGCACCCUUCUUCCUCCUUCCAUCACCCGCCCCAUUCUCCCGCUUUCCAUCACCCCGCCCCAUUCUCCCGCUUUCCAUCACCCCGCUUCAUUCUCCCGCUUUCCAUCACCCCGCCACAUUUUCCCACUUUCCAUCACCCCGCCCCCUUCUCUCUCCUUCCAUCACCCCGCCCCAUUCUCCCUCCUUCCAUCACCCCGCCCCAUUCUCCCGCUUUCCAUCAGCCCGCCCCAUUCUCCCGCUUUCCAUCACCCCGCCCCUUUCUCCCGCUUUCCAUCUCCCCGCCCCAUUCUCCCGCUUUCCAUCACACCGCCCCAUUCUCCCGCUUUCCAUCACCCCGCCCCAUUCUUCCGCUUCCCAUCAUUCCGCCCCAUUCCCCCGCUUUCCAUCACCCCUCCCCAUUCUCCCUCCUUCCAUCACCCCGCCCCAUUCUCCCACUUUCCAUCACCCGCCCCAUUCUCCCGCUUUCCAUCACCUCGCCCCACUCUCCCGCUUUCCAUCACCCCGCCCCAUUCUUCUGCUUUCCAUCACCCCGCCCCAUUCUCCCGCUUUCCAUCACCCUGCCCCAUUCUCCCGCUUUCCAUCACCCCGCCCCAUUCUCCCACUUUCCAUCACCCGCCCCAUUCUCCCGCUUUCCAUCACCCCACCCCAUUCUCCCGCUUUCCAUCACCCCGCCCCAUUCUCCCGCUUUUCAUCACCCCGCCCCAUUCUCCCGCUUUCCAACACCCCAGCCCAUUCUCUCGCUUACCAUCACCCCGCCCCCUUCUUCCUCCUUCCAUCACCCCGCCCCAUUCUCCCUCCUUCCUUCACCCCGCCCCAUUCUCCCGCUUUCCAUCACCCUGCCCCAUUCUCCCGCUUUCCAUCACCCCGCCCCAUUCUCCCGCUUUUCCAUCACCCCGCCCCAUUCUCCCUCCUUCCAUCACCCCGCCCCAUUCUCCCGCUUUCCAUCACCCCGCCCCCUUCUCUCUCCUUCCAUCACCCCGCCCCAUUCUCCCUCCUUCCAUCACCCCGCCCCAUUCUCCCGCUUUCCAUCAGCCCGCCCCAUUCUCCCGCUUUUCAUCACCCCGCCCCUUUCUCCCGCUUUCCAUCUCCCCGCCCCAUUCUCCCGCUUUCCAUCACACCGCCCCAUUCUCCCGCUUUCCAUCACCGCGCCCCAUUCUUCCGCUUCCCAUCAUUCCGCCCCAUUCCCCCGCUUUCCAUCACCCCUCCCCAUUCUCCCUCCUUCCAUCACCCCGCCCCAUUCUCCCACUUUCCAUCACCCGCCCCAUUCUCCCGCUUUCCAUCACCUCGCCCCACUCUCCCGCUUUCCAUCACCCCGCCCCAUUCUUCUGCUUUCCAUCACCCUGCCCCAUUCUCCCGCUUUCCAUCACCCUGCCCCAUUCUCCCGCUUUCCAUCACCCCGCCCCAUUCUCCCACUUUCCAUCACCCGCCCCAUUCUCCCGCUUUCCAUCACCCCACCCCAUUCUCCCGCUUUCCAUCACCCCGCCCCAUUCUCCUGCUUUUCAUCACCCCGCCCCAUUCUCCCGCUUUCCAACACCCCAGCCCAUUCUCUCGCUUACCAUCACCCCGCCCCCUUCUUCCUCCUUCCAUCACCCCGCCCCAUUCUCCCUCCUUCCUUCACCCCGCCCCAUUCUCCCGCUUUCCAUCACCCUGCCCCAUUCCCCCGCUUUCCAUCACCCCGCCCCAUUCUCCCGCUUUUCCAUCACCCCGCCCCAUUCUCCCUCCUUCCAUCACCCCGCCCCAUUCUCCCGCUUUCAAUCACCCCGCCCCAUUCUCCCGCUUUCCAUCACCCCGCCCCCUUUUCCCUCCUUCCAUCACCCCGCCCCAUUCUCCCUCCUUCCAUCACCCCGCCCCAUUCUCCCGCUUUCCAUCACCCCGCCCCAUUCUCCCGCUUUCCAUCACCCCGCCCCUUUCUCCCGCUUUCCAUCUCCGUGCCCCAUUCUCCCGCUUUCCAUCACCCCGCCCCAUUCUCCCGCUUUCCAUCACCCUGCCCCAUUCUCCCGCUUCCCAUCAUCCCGCCCCAUUCUCCCGCUUUCUAUCACCCCGCCCCAUUCUCCCUCCUUCCAUCACCCCGCCCCAUUCUCCCGCUUUCCAUCCACCCGCCCCAUUCUCCCGCUUUCCACCACCCCGCCCCCUUCUCCCUCCUUCCAUCACCCCGCCCCAUUCUCCCUCCUUCCAUCACCCCGCCCCAUUCUCCCGCUUUCCAUCAGCCCGCCCCAUUCUCCCGCUUUCCAUCACCCCGCCCCUUUCUCCCGCUUUCCAUCUCCCUGCUCCAUUCUCCCGCUUUCCAUCACCCCGUCCCAUUCUCCCGCUUUCCAUCACCCCGCCCCAUUCUCCCGCUUCCCAUCAUCCCGCCCCAUUCCCCCGCUUUCCAUCACCCCUCCCCAUUCUCCCCUCUUCCAUCACCCCGCCCCAUUCUCCCGCUUUCCAUCACCCCGCCCCAUUCUCCCUCCUUCCAUCACCCCGCCCCAUUCUCCCUCCUUCCAUCACCCCGCCCCAUUCUCCCGCUUUCCAUCACCCCGCCCCAUUCUCCCGCUUCCCAGAACCCCACCCCAUUCUCCCGCUUUCCAUCACCCCGCCACAGUCUUCCACCUUCCAUCAACCCGCCCCCUUCUCUCUCCUUCCAUCACCCCGCCCCAUUCUCCCUCCUUCCAUCACCCCGCCCCAUUCUCCCGCUUUCCAUCAGCUCGCCCCAUUCUCCCGCUUUCCAUCACCCCUCCCCUUUCUCCCGCUUUCCAUCUCCCCGCCCCAUUCUCCCGCUUUCCAUCACCCCGCCCCAUUCUCCCGCUUUCCAUCACCCCGACCCAUUCUUCCGCUUCCCAUCAUCCCGCCCCAUUCCCCCGCUUUCCAUCACCCCUCCCCAUUCUCCCUCCUUCUAUCACCCCGCCCCAUUCUCUCACUUUCCAUCACCCCGCCCCAUUCUCCCGCUUUCCAUCACCCCGACCCAUUCUCCCGCUUUCCAUCACCCCGCCCCAUUCUGCCUCCUUCCAUCACCCCGCCCCAUUCUCCCGCUUACCAUCACCCCGCCCCAUUCUCCCUCCUUCCAUCACCCCGGCCCAUUCUCCCUCAUUCCAUCACCCCGCUCCAUUCUCCCGCUUUCCAUCACACCGCGCCAUUCUCCCGCUUCCCAUAACCCCACCCCAUUCUCCCGCUUUCCAUCACCCCGCCACAUUUUCCCACUUUCCAUCACCCCGCCCCCUUCUCUCUCCUUCCAUCACCCCGCCCCAUUCUCCCUCCUUCCAUCACCCCGCCCCAUUCUCCCGCUUUCCAUCACCCCGCCCCUUUCUCCGGCUUUCCAUCUCCCCGCCCCAUUCUCCCGCUUUCCAUCACACCGCCCCAUUCUCCCGCUUUCCAUCACCCCGCCCCAUUCUUCCGCUUCCCAUCAUUCCGCCCCAUUCCCCCGCUUUCCAUCACCCCUCCCCAUUCUCCCUCCUUCCAUCACCCCGCCCCAUUCUCCCACUUUCCAUCACCCGCCCCAUUCUCCCGCUUUCCAUCACCUCGCCCCACUCUCCCGCUUUCCAUCACCCCGCCCCAUUCUUCUGCUUUCCAUCACCCCGCCCCAUUCUCCCGCUUUCCAUCACCCUGCCCCAUUCUCCCGCUUUCCAUCACCCCGCCCCAUUCUCCCACUUUCCAUCACCCGCCCCAUUCUCCCGCUUUCCAUCACCCCACCCCAUUCUCCCGCUUUCCAUCACCCCGCCCCAUUCUCCCGCUUUUCAUCACCCCGCCCCAUUCUCCCGCUUUCCAACACCCCAGCCCAUUCUCUCGCUUACCAUCACCCCGCCUCCUUCUUCCUCCUUCCAUCACCCCGCCCCAUUCUCCCUCCUUCCUUCACCCCGCCCCAUUCUCCCGCUUUCCAUCACCCUGCCCCAUUCCCCCGCUUUCCAUCACCCCGCCCCAUUCUCCCGCUUUUCCAUCACCCCGCCCCAUUCUCCCUCCUUCCAUCACCCCGCCCCAUUCUCCCGCUUUCCAUCACCCCGCCCCAUUCUCCCGCUUUCCAUCACCCCGCCCCCUUCUCCCUCCUUCCAUCACCCCGCCCCAUUCUCCCUCCUUCCAUCACCCCGCCCCAUUCUCCCGCUUUCCAUCACCCCGCCCCAUUCUCCCGCUUUCCAUCACCCCGCCCCUUUCUCCCGCUUUCCAUCUCCGUGCCCCAUUCUCCCGCUUUCCAUCACCCCGCCCCAUUCUCCCGCUUUCCAUCACCCUGCCCCAUUCUCCCGCUUCCCAUCAUCCCGCCCCAUUCUCCCGCUUUCUAUCACCCCGCCCCAUUCUCCCUCCUUCCAUCACCCCGCCCCAUUCUCCCGCUUUCCAUCACCCCGCCCCAUUCUCCCGCUUUCCACCACCCCGCCCCCUUCUCCCUCCUUCCAUCACCCCGCCCCAUUCUCCCUCCUUCCAUCACCCCGCCCCAUUCUCCCGCUUUCCAUCAGCCUGCCCCAUUCUCCCGCUUUCCAUCACCCCGCCCCUUUCUCCCGCUUUCCAUCUCCCUGCUCCAUUCUCCCGCUUUCCAUCACCCCGUCCCAUUCUCCCGCUUUCCAUCACCCCGCCCCAUUCUCCCGCUUCCCAUCAUCCCGCCCCAUUCCCCCGCUUUCCAUCACCCCUCCCCAUUCUCCCCUCUUCCAUCACCCCGCCCCAUUCUCCCGCUUUCCAUCACCCCGCCCCAUUCUUCUGCUUUCCAUCACCCUGCCCCAUUCUCCCGCUUUCCAUCACCCUGCCCCAUUCUCCCGCUUUCCAUCACCCCGCCCCAUUCUCCCACUUUCCAUCACCCGCCCCAUUCUCCCGCUUUCCAUCACCCCACCCCAUUCUCCCGCUUUCCAUCACCCCGCCCCAUUCUCCCGCUUUUCAUCACCCCGCCCCAUUCUCCCGCUUUCCAACACCCCAGCCCAUUCUCUCGCUUACCAUCACCCCGCCCCCUUCUUCCUCCUUCCAUCACCCCGCCCCAUUCUCCCUCCUUCCUUCACCCCGCCCCAUUCUCCCGCUUUCCAUCACCCUGCCCCAUUCCCCCGCUUUCCAUCACCCCGCCCCAUUCUCCCGCUUUUCCAUCACCCCGCCCCAUUCUCCCUCCUUCCAUCACCCCGCCCCAUUCUCCCGCUUUCAAUCACCCCGCCCCAUUCUCCCGCUUUCCAUCACCCCGCCCCCUUUUCCCUCCUUCCAUCACCCCGCCCCAUUCUCCCUCCUUCCAUCACCCCGCCCCAUUCUCCCGCUUUCCAUCACCCCGCCCCAUUCUCCCGCUUUCCAUCACCCCGCCCCUUUCUCCCGCUUUCCAUCUCCGUGCCCCAUUCUCCCGCUUUCCAUCACCCCGCCCCAUUCUCCCGCUUUCCAUCACCCUGCCCCAUUCUCCCGCUUCCCAUCAUCCCGCCCCAUUCUCCCGCUUUCUAUCACCCCGCCCCAUUCUCCCUCCUUCCAUCACCCCGCCCCAUUCUCCCGCUUUCCAUCCACCCGCCCCAUUCUCCCGCUUUCCACCACCCCGCCCCCUUCUCCCUCCUUCCAUCACCCCGCCCCAUUCUCCCUCCUUCCAUCACCCCGCCCCAUUCUCCCGCUUUCCAUCAGCCCGCCCCAUUCUCCCGCUUUCCAUCACCCCGCCCCUUUCUCCCGCUUUCCAUCUCCCUGCUCCAUUCUCCCGCUUUCCAUCACCCCGUCCCAUUCUCCCGCUUUCCAUCACCCCGCCCCAUUCUCCCGCUUCCCAUCAUCCCGCCCCAUUCCCCCGCUUUCCAUCACCCCUCCCCAUUCUCCCCUCUUCCAUCACCCCGCCCCAUUCUCCCGCUUUCCAUCACCCCGCCCCAUUCUCCCUCCUUCCAUCACCCCGCCCCAUUCUCCCUCCUUCCAUCACCCCGCCCCAUUCUCCCGCUUUCCAUCACCCCGCCCCAUUCUCCCGCUUCCCAGAACCCCACCCCAUUCUCCCGCUUUCCAUCACCCCGCCACAGUCUUCCACCUUCCAUCAACCCGCCCCCUUCUCUCUCCUUCCAUCACCCCGCCCCAUUCUCCCUCCUUCCAUCACCCCGCCCCAUUCUCCCGCUUUCCAUCAGCUCGCCCCAUUCUCCCGCUUUCCAUCACCCCUCCCCUUUCUCCCGCUUUCCAUCUCCCCGCCCCAUUCUCCCGCUUUCCAUCACCCCGCCCCAUUCUCCCGCUUUCCAUCACCCCGACCCAUUCUUCCGCUUCCCAUCAUCCCGCCCCAUUCCCCCGCUUUCCAUCACCCCUCCCCAUUCUCCCUCCUUCUAUCACCCCGCCCCAUUCUCUCACUUUCCAUCACCCCGCCCCAUUCUCCCGCUUUCCAUCACCCCGACCCAUUCUCCCGCUUUCCAUCACCCCGCCCCAUUCUGCCUCCUUCCAUCACCCCGCCCCAUUCUCCCGCUUACCAUCACCCCGCCCCAUUCUCCCUCCUUCCAUCACCCCGGCCCAUUCUCCCUCAUUCCAUCACCCCGCUCCAUUCUCCCGCUUUCCAUCACACCGCGCCAUUCUCCCGCUUCCCAUAACCCCACCCCAUUCUCCCGCUUUCCAUCACCCCGCCACAUUUUCCCACUUUCCAUCACCCCGCCCCCUUCUCUCUCCUUCCAUCACCCCGCCCCAUUCUCCCUCCUUCCAUCACCCCGCCCCAUUCUCCCGCUUUCCAUCACCCCGCCCCUUUCUCCGGCUUUCCAUCUCCCCGCCCCAUUCUCCCGCUUUCCAUCACACCGCCCCAUUCUCCCGCUUUCCAUCACCCCGCCCCAUUCUUACGCUUCCCAUCAUUCCGCCCCAUUCCCCCGCUUUCCAUCACCCCUCCCCAUUCUCCCUCCUUCCAUCACCCCGCCCCAUUCUCCCACUUUCCAUCACCCGCCCCAUUCUCCCGCUUUCCAUCACCUCGCCCCACUCUCCCGCUUUCCAUCACCCCGCCCCAUUCUUCUGCUUUCCAUCACCCCGCCCCAUUCUCCCGCUUUCCAUCACCCUGCCCCAUUCUCCCGCUUUCCAUCACCCCGCCCCAUUCUCCCACUUUCCAUCACCCGCCCCAUUCUCCCGCUUUCCAUCACCCCACCCCAUUCUCCCGCUUUCCAUCACCCCGCCCCAUUCUCCCGCUUUUCAUCACCCCGCCCCAUUCUCCCGCUUUCCAACACCCCAGCCCAUUCUCUCGCUUACCAUCACCCCGCCUCCUUCUUCCUCCUUCCAUCACCCCGCCCCAUUCUCCCUCCUUCCUUCACCCCGCCCCAUUCUCCCGCUUUCCAUCACCCUGCCCCAUUCUCCCGCUUUCCAUCACCCCGCCCCAUUCUCCCGCUUUUCCAUCACCCCGCCCCAUUCUCCCUCCUUCCAUCACCCCGCCCCAUUCUCCCGCUUUCCAUCACCCCGCCCCAUUCUCCCGCUUUCCAUCACCCCGCCCCCUUCUCCCUCCUUCCAUCACCCCGCCCCAUUCUCCCUCCUUCCAUCACCCCGCCCCAUUCUCCCGCUUUCCAUCACCCCGCCCCAUUCUCCCGCUUUCCAUCACCCCGCCCCUUUCUCCCGCUUUCCAUCUCCGUGCCCCAUUCUCCCGCUUUCCAUCACCCCGCCCCAUUCUCCCGCUUUCCAUCACCCUGCCCCAUUCUCCCGCUUCCCAUCAUCCCGCCCCAUUCUCCCGCUUUCUAUCACCCCGCCCCAUUCUCCCUCCUUCCAUCACCCCGCCCCAUUCUCCCGCUUUCCAUCACCCCGCCCCAUUCUCCCGCUUUCCACCACCCCGCCCCCUUCUCCCUCCUUCCAUCACCCCGCCCCAUUCUCCCUCCUUCCAUCACCCCGCCCCAUUCUCCCGCUUUCCAUCAGCCUGCCCCAUUCUCCCGCUUUCCAUCACCCCGCCCCUUUCUCCCGCUUUCCAUCUCCCUGCUCCAUUCUCCCGCUUUCCAUCACCUCGUCCCAUUCUCCCGCUUUCCAUCACCCCGCCCCAUUCUCCCGCUUCCCAUCAUCCCGCCCCAUUCCCCCGCUUUCCAUCACCCCUCCCCAUUCUCCCCUCUUCCAUCACCCCGCCCCAUUCUCCCGCUUUCCAUCACCCCGCCCCAUUCUCCCUCCUUCCAUCACCCCGCCCCAUUCUCCCUCCUUCCAUCACCCCGCCCCAUUCUCCCGCUUUCCAUCACCCCGCCCCAUUCUCCCGCUUCCCAGAACCCCACCCCAUUCUCCCGCUUUCCAUCACCCCGCCACAGUCUUCCACCUUCCAUCAACCCGCCCCCUUCUCUCUCCUUCCAUCACCCCGCCCCAUUCUCCCUCCUUCCAUCACCCCGCCCCAUUCUCCCGCUUUCCAUCAGCUCGCCCCAUUCUCCCGCUUUCCAUCACCCCUCCCCUUUCUCCCGCUUUCCAUCUCCCCGCCCCAUUCUCCCGCUUUCCAUCACCCCGCCCCAUUCUUCCGCUUUCCAUCACCCCGCCCCAUUCUUCCGCUUCCCAUCAUCCCGCCCCAUUCCCCCGCUUUCCAUCACCCCUCCCCAUUCUCCCUCCUUCUAUCACCCCGCCCCAUUCUCUCACUUUCCAUCACCCCGCCCCAUUCUCCCGCUUUCCAUCACCCCGACCCAUUCUCCCGCUUUCCAUCACCCCGCCCCAUUCUGCCUCCUUCCAUCACCCCGCCCCAUUCUCCCGCUUUCCAUCACCCCGCCCCAUUCUCCCUCCUUCCAUCACCCCGCCCCAUUCUCCCUCAUUCCAUCACCCCGCUCCAUUCUCCCGCUUUCCAUCACCCCGCGCCAUUCUCCCGCUUCCCAUAACCCCACCCCAUUCUCCCGCUUUCCAUCACCCCGCCACAUUUUCCCACUUUCCAUCACCCCGCCCCCUUCUCUCUCCUUCCAUCACCCCGCCCCAUUCUCCCUCCUUCCAUCACCCCGCCCCAUUCUCCCGCUUUCCAUCAGCCCGCCCCAUUCUCCCGCUUUCCAUCACCCCGCCCCUUUCUCCCGCUUUCCAUCUCCCCGCCCCAUUCUCCCGCUUUCCAUCAGACCGCCCCAUUCUCCCGCUUUCCAUCACCCCGCCCCAUUCUUCCGCUUCCCAUCAUCCCGCCCCAUUCCCCCGCUUUCCAUCACCCCUCCCCAUUCUCCCUCCUUCCAUCACCCCGCCCCUUUCUCCCGCUUUCCAUCUCCCGCCCCAUUCUCCCGCUUUCCAUCACCCGCCCCAUUCUCCCGCUUUCCAUCACCUCGCCCCACUCUCCCGCUUUCCAUCACCCCGCCCUAUUCUUCUGCUUUCCAUCACCCCGCCCCAUUCUCCCGCUUUCCAUCACCUCGCCCCACUCUCCCGCUUUCCAUCACCCCGCUCCAUUCUUCUGCUUUCCAUCACCCCGCCCCAUUCUCCCGCUUUCCAUCACCCUGCCCCAUUCUCCCGCUUUCCAUCACCCCGCCCCAUUCUCCCGCUUUCCAUCACCCGCCCCAUUCUCCCGCUUUCCAUCACCCCGCCCCAUUCUCCCGCUUUCCAUCACCCCGCCCCAUUCUCCCGCUUUUCAUCACCCCGCCCCAUUCUCCCCCUUUCCAACACCCCAGCCCAUUCUCUCGCUUACCAUCACCCCGCCCCCUUCUUCCUCCUUCCAUCACCCCGCCCCAUUCUCCCUCCUUCCUUCAUCCCGCCCCAUUCUCCCGCUUUCCAUCACCCUGCCCCAUUCUCCCGCUUUCCAUCACCCCGCCCCAUUCUCCCGCUUUUCCAUCACCCCGCCCCAUUCUCCCUCCUUCCAUCACCCCGCCCCAUUCUCCCGCUUUCCAUCACCCCGCCCCAUUCUCCCGCUUUCCAUCACCCCGCCCCCUUCUCCCUCCUUCCAUUACCCCGCCCCAUUCUCCCGCUUUCCAUCAGCCCGCCCCAUUCUCCCACUUUCCAUCACCCCGCCCCUUUCUCCCGCUUUCCAUCUCCGUGCCCCAUUCUCCCGAAUUCCAUCAACCCGCCCCAUUCUCCCGCUUUCCAUCACCCCGCCCCAUUCUCCCGCUUCCCAUCAUCCCGCCCCAUUCUCCCGCUUUCUAUCACCCCGCCCCAUUCUCCCUCCUUCCAUCACCCCGCCCCAUUCUCCCGCUUUCCAUCACCCCGCCCCAUUCUCCCGCUUUCCACCACCCCGCCCCAUUCUCCCUCCUUCCAUCACCCCGCCCCAUUCUCCCUCCUUCCAUCACCCCGCCCCAUUCUCCCGCUUUCCAUCAGCCCGCCCCAUUCUCCCGCUUUCCAUCACCCCGCCCCUUUCUCCCGCUUUCCAUCUCCCUGCUCCAUUCUCCCGCUUUCCAUCACCCCGCCCCAUUCUCCCGCUUCCCAUCACCCCGCCCCAUUCUCCCUCCUUCCAUCACCCCGCCCCAUUCUCCCGCUUUCCAUCACCCCGCCCCAUUCUCCCGCUUUCCAUCACCCCGCCCCAUUCUCCCGCUUCCCAUCAACCCGCCCCAUUCCCCCGCUUUCCAUCACCCCUCCCCAUUCUCCCCUCUUCCAUCACCCCGCCCCAUUCUCCUGCUUUCCAUCACCCCGCCCCAUUCUCCCUCCUUCCAUCACCCCGCCCCAUUCUCCCUCCUUCCAUCACCCCGCCCCAUUCUCCCGCUUUCCAUCACCCCGCCCCAUUCUCCCGCUUCCCAUAACCCCACCCCAUUCUCCCGCUUUCCAUCACCCCGCCACACUCGCCCCAUUCUCCCGCUUUCCAUCACCCCUCCCCUUUCUCCCGCUUUCCAUCUCCCCGCCCCAUUCUCCCGCUUUCCAUCACCCCGCCCCAUUCUCCCGCUUUCCAUCACCCCGCCCCAUUCUCCCGCUUUCCAUCACCCCGCCCCAUUCUUCCGCUUCCCAUCAUCCCCCCCCAUUCCCCCGCUUUCCAUCACCCCUCCCCAUUCUCCCUCCUUCUAUCACCCCGCCCCAUUCUCUCACUUUCCAUCACCCCGCCCCAUUCUCCCGCUUUCCAUCACCCCGCCCCAUUCUCCCGCUUUCCAUCACCCCGCCCCAUUCUGUCUCCUUCCAUCACCCCGCCCCAUUCUCCCGCUUUCCAUCACCCCGCCCCAUUCUCCCUCCUUCCAUCACCCCGCCCCAUUCUCCCUCAUUCCAUCACCCCGCUCCAUUCUCCCGCUUUCCAUCACCCCGCGCCAUUCUCCCGCUUCCCAUAACCCCACCCCAUUCUCCCGCUUUCGAUCACCCCGCCACAUUUUCCCACUUUCCAUCACCCCGCCCCCUUCUCUCUCCUUCCAUCACCCCGCCCCAUUCUCCCUCCUUCCAUCACCCCGCCCCAUUCUCCAGCUUUCUAUCAGCCCGCCCCAUUCUCCCGCUUUCCAUCACCCCGCCGCUUUCUCCCGCUUUCCAUCUCCCCGCCCCAUUCUCCCGCUUUCCAUCAGACCGCCCCAUUCUCCCGCUUUCCAACACCCUGCCCCAUUCUUCCGCUUCCCAUCAUCCCGCCCCAUUCCCCCGCUUUCCAUCACCCCUCCCCAUUCUCCCUCCUUCCAUCACCCCGCCCCUUUCUCCCGCUUUCCAUCUCCCGCCCCAUUCUCCCGCUUUCCAUCACCCGCCCCAUUCUCCCGCUUUCCAUCACCUCGCCCCAUUCUCCCGCUUUCCAUCACCCCGCCCCAUUCUUCUGCUUUCCAUCACCCCGCCCCAUUCUCCCGCUUUCCAUCACCCUGCCCCAUUCACCCGCUUUCCAUCACCCGCCCCAUUCUCCCGCUUUCCAUCACACCGCCCCAUUCUUCCGCUUUCCAUCACCCCGCCCCAUUCUCCCGCUUUCCAUCACCCCGCCCCAUUCUCCCUCUUCCCAUUACCCCGCCCUAUUCUCUCGCUUUCCAUCACCCCGCCCCAUUCUCCCGCUUUUCAUCACCCCACCCCAUUCUCCCGCUUUCCAUCACCCCGUCCCAUUCUCCCUCUUUCCAUCACCCCGCCCCAUUCCUCCUCUUUCCAUCUCCCCGCCCCAUUCUCCCUCUUUCUAUCACCCCGCCUCAUUCUCCCGCUUUCCAUCACCCCGCCCCAUUAUCCCACUUUCCAUCACCCCACCCCAUUCUCCAUCUUUACAUCACCCCGCCCCACUCUCCCGCCUUCCAUCACCCCGCCCCAUUCUCCAUCUUUCCAUCACCCUGCCCAAUUCUCCCGCCUUCCAUCACCCCACCCCAUUCUCCCGUCUUCCAUCACCCCGCCCCAUUCUCCCGCUUUCCAUCACCCCACCCUAUUCUCCCACUUUCCAUCACCCCGCCAUAUUCUUCCUCUUUCCAUCACCCCGCCCCAUUCUCCCGCUUUCCAUCACCCCGCCCCAUUUUCCCUCUUUCCAUCACCCCGCCCCAUUCUCCCGCUUUCCAUCACCCCGCCCCAUUCUCCCUCUUCCCAUCACCCCGCCCCAUUCUCCCGCCUUUCAUCACCCCGCCCCAUUCUCCCGCUUUCCAUCACCCCGCCCAAUUCUCCCGCUUCCCAUCACCCCGCCCCAUUCUCCUGCCUUCCAUCACCCCGCCCUAUUCUCCCUCUUUCCAUCACCCCGCCCCAUUUUCCCGCUCUACAUCACCCCGCCCCGUUCUCCCGCUUUCCAUCACCCCGCCCCAUUCUCCCGCUUUCCAUCACCCCACCCCAUUCUCCCGCUUUCCAUCACCCCGCCCCAUUCUCCCGGUUUCCAUCACCCCGGCCCAUUUUCCCGCUUUCCAUCACCCCGCCCCAUUCUCCCGCUUUCCAUCACCCCGCCCCAUUCUCCCGCUUUCCAUCACCCCCCCCAUUCUCCCGCUUUCCAUCACCCCGUCCCAUUCUCCCUCUUUCCAUCACCCCGCCCAAUUCUCCCUCUUUCCAUCACCCCGCCCCAUUCUCCAGCUUUCCGUCACCCCGCCCCAUUCUCCCUCUUUCCAUCACCCUGCCCCAUUCUCCCUCUCUCCAUCACCCCGCCCCAUUCUCCCUCUUUCCAUCACCCCGCCCCAUUCUCCCGCUUUCCUUCACCCCGCGCCAUUUAACCUCUUUCCAUCACCCGCCCCAUUCUCCCGCUUUCCAUCACCCAGCUCCAUUGUCCCGCUUUCCAUCACCCCGCCCAAUUCUCCCUCUUUCUAUCACCCCGCCCCAUUCUCCCUCUUUCCAUCACCCCGCCCCAUUCUCCUGCUUUCCAUCACCCCGCCCCAUUCUCCCUCUUUCCAUCACCCCGCUCCAUUCUCCCUCUUUCCAUUACCCCGCCCCAUUCUCCUGCUUUCCAUCACCCCGCCCCAUUCUCCCUCUUUCCAUCACCCCGCCCCAUUCUCCCUCUUUCCAUUACCCCGCCCCAUUCUCCUGCUUUCCAUCACCCUGCCCCAUUCUCCCUCUUUCCAUCACCCCGCCCCAUUCUCCAGCUUUCCAUCACCUCGCUCCAUUCUCCCGCUUUCCAUCACCGCGCCCAAUUCUCCCGCUUUCCAUCACCCCUCUCCAUUCUCCCUCUUUCCAUCUCCCCGCCCCAUUCUCCUUCUUUCCAUCAACCCGUCCCAUUCUCCCUCUAUCCGUCACCCCACCCCAUUCUCCCUGUUUCCAUCACCUCGCCCCAUUCUCCCGCUUUCCAUCACCCCGUCCCAUUCUCCCUCUUUCCAUCACCCCGCCCAAUUCUCCCUCUUUCCAUCACCCCGCCCCAUUCUCCAGCUUUCCGUCACCCCGCCCCAUUCUCCCUCUUUCCAUCACCCUGCCCCAUUCCCCCUCUCUCCAUCACCCCGCCCCAUUCUCCCUCUUUCCAUCACCCCGCCCCAUUCUCCCGCUUUCCUUCACCCCGCGCCAUUUAACCUCUUUCCAUCACCCGCCCCAUUCUCCCGCUUUCCAUCACCCAGCUCCAUUGUCCCGCUUUCCAUCACCCCGCCCAAUUCUCCCUCUUUCUAUCACCCCGCCCCAUUCUCCCUCUUUCCAUCACCCCGCCCCAUUCUCCUGCUUUCCAUCACCCCGCCCCAUUCUCCCUCUUUCCAUCACCCCCCUCCAUUCUCCCUCUUUCCAUUACCCCGCCCCAUUCUCCUGCUUUCCAUCACCCCGCCCCAUUCUCCCUCUUUCCAUCACCCCGCCCCAUUCUCCCUCUUUCCAUUACCCCGCCCCAUUCUCCUGCUUUCCAUCACCCCGCCCCAUUCUCCCUCUUUCCAUCACCCCGCCCCAUUCUCCAGCUUUCCAUCACCUCGCUCCAUUCUCCCGCUUUCCAUCACCGCGCCCAAUUCUCCCGCUUUCUAUCACCCCUCUCCAUUCUCCCUCUUUCCAUCUCCCCGCCCCAUUCUCCUUCUUUCCAUCAACCCGUCCCAUUCUCCCUCUAUCCAUCACCCCACCCCAUUCUCCCUGUUUCCAUCACCUCGCCCCAUUCUCCCUCUUUCCAUGACCGCGCCCCAUUCUUCCUGUUUCCAUCACCUCGCCCCAUUCUCUCGCUUUCCAUCACCCCUCCCUAUUCUCCCUCUUUCCAUCACCCCGCCCCAUUCUCCCGCUUUCCAUCACCCCGCCCCAUUCUCCUUCUUUCCAUCACCCCGCCCCAUUCUCCACCUUUAUAUCACCCUGCCCCAUUCUCCCGAUUUCCAUCACCCCAGCCCAUUCUCCCGCUUUCCAUCACCCCGACCCAUUCUCCCGCUUUCCAUCACCCCGCCCCGUUCUCCCGCUUUCCAUCACACCGCCCCAUUCUCCCUCUUUCCAUCACCCCGCCCCAUUCUCCCGCUUUCCAUCACCCCGCCCCAUUCUCCCGCUUUCCAUCACCCCGCCCCGUUCUCCCGCUUUCCAUCACCCCGCCUCAUUCUCCCUCUUUCCAUCAACCCGCCCCAUUCUCCCUAUUUCCAUCACCCCGGUCCAUUCUCCCGCUUUCCAUCACCCCGCCCAAUUCUCCCUCUUUCCAUCACCCCUCUCCAUUCUCCCUCUUUCCAUCACCCCGCCCCAUUCUCCCGCUUUCCAUUACCCCGCCCCAUUCUCCCUCUUUCCAUCACCCGCCCCAUUCUCGCGUCUUUCAUCACCCCGCCCCAUUCUCCCUCUUUCCAUCACCCCGCCCAAUUCUCCCACUUUCCAUCACCCUGCCCCAUUCUCCCACCUUUCAUCACCCCGCCCCAUUCUCCCUCUUUCCAUCAACCUGCCCCAUUCUCCCUCUUUCCAUCACCCCGCCUUAUUCUCCCUCUUUCCAUCACCCCGCCCCAUUCUCCCGAUUUCCAUCACCCCGCCCCAUUCUCCCGCUUUCCAUCACCCCGCCCCGUUCUCCCACUUUCCAUCACCCCGCCUCAUUCUCCCUCUUUCCAUCAACCCGCCCCAUUCUCCCUCUUUCCAUCACCCCGCUCCAUUCUCCCGCUUUCCAUCACCCUGCCCGCUCCAUUCUCCCGCUUUCCAUCACCCCGCCCAAUUCUCCCUCUUUCCAUCACCCCUCCCCAUUCUCCCUCUUUCCAUCACCCCGCCCCAUUCUCCCGCUUUCCAUCACCCCGCCCCAUUCUCCCGCUUUCCAUCACCCGCCUUAUUCUCCCGUCUUUCAUCACCCCGCCCCAUUCUCCCUCUUUCCAUAAACCCGCCCCAUUCCCCCUCUUUCCAUCACCCCGCCUUAUUCUCCCUCUUUCCAUCACCCCGCUCCAUUCUCCCGAUUUCCAGCACCCCGCCCCAUUCUCCCGCUUUCCAUCACCCCGCCCCAUUCUCCCUCUAUCAAUCACCCCGCACAAAUCUCCGACUUUCCAUCACCCCGUCCCAUUCUCCUGUUUUCCAUCACCCCGCCCCAUUCUCUCGCUUUCUAUCACCCCGCCUUAUUCUCCCGCUUUCCAUCACCCCGCACCAUUCUCUCGCUUUCCAUCACCCCGCCCCAUUCUCACUAUCUCCAUCACCCCUCCCUAUUCUCCCUCUUUCCAUCACCCCGCCCCAUUCUCAUGCUUUCUAUCACCCCGCCCCAUUCUCCCUCUUUCCAUCACCCCGCCCCAUUCUCCCGCCUUCCAUCACCCCGCCCCAUUCUCCUUCCUUCUAUCACCCUGGCCAAUUCUCCCGCUUUCCAUCACCGCGCCCCAUUCUCCCGCCUUCCAUCACCCCGCCCCAUUCUCCCUCUUUCCAUCACCCCGCUCCAUUCUCCCGCUUUCCAUCACCCCGCCCCAUUCUCCAGCCCCAUUCUCCCUCUUUCCAUCACCCCGCCCCAUUCUCUCGCUUUCCAUCACCCCGCCCCAUUUUCCCUCUUUCCAUCACCCCGCCCCAUUCUCCCGCUUUCCAUCACCCCGCCCCAUUCUCCCGCUUUCCAUCACCCCGCUCCAUUCUCCCGCUUUCCAUCACCCCGCCCAAUUCUCCCUCUUUCCAUCACCCCACCCCAUUCUCCCGAUUUCCAUCACCCCUCCCCAUUCUCCCGCUUUCCAUCACCCCGCCCCAUUCUCCCUCUAUCCAUCACCCCGCCCAAUUCUCCCACUUUCCAUCACCCCGUCCCAUUCUCCUGUUUUCCAUCACCCCGCCCCAUUCUCUCGCUUUCUAUCAUCCCGCCUUAUUCUCCCGCUUUCCAUCACCCCGCACCAUUCUCACUAUCUCCAUCACCCCUCCCCAUUCUCCCUCUUUCCAUCACCCCGCCCCAUUCUCAUGCUUUCUAUCACCCCGCCCCAUUCUCCCUCUUUCCAUCACCCCGCCCCAUUCUCCUGCAUUCUAUCACCCUGCCCCAUUCUCCAUCCUUCCAUCACCCCACCCCAUUCUCCUGCUUGCCAUCAACUCGCCUGGCUGGUGGGGGUGCUGGGAGCAACUCACCUGGCUGUGGGGGUGCUGGGAGCAACUCGCCUUGCUGGUGGGGGUGCUGGGAGCAACUUGCCUGGCUGGUGGGGGUGCUGGGAGCAACUCGCCUGGCUGGUGGGGGUGCUGGGAGCAACUCGCCUGGCUGGUGGGGGUGCUGGGAGCAACUCGCCUGGCUGGUCGGGGUGCUGGGAGCAACUCACCUGGCUGGUGGGGGUGCUGAGAGCAACUCACAUGGCUGGUGGGGGUGCUAGGAGCAACUCGUCUGGCUGGUGGGGGUGCUGGGAGCAACUCGCCUGGCUGGUGGGGGUGCUGGGAGCAACUCGCCUGGCUGGUGGGGGUGCUGGGAGCAAUUCGCCUGGCUGGUGGGGGUGCUGGGAGCAACUCGCCUGGCUGGUGGGGGUGCUGGGAGCAACUCGCCUUGCUGGUGGGAGUGCUGGGAGCAACUCGCCUGGCUGGUGGGGGUGCUGGGAGCAACUCGCCUGGCUGGUGGGGGUGCUGGGAGCAACUCGCCUGGCUGGUGGGGGUGCUGGGAGCAACUCGCCUGGCUGGUGGGGGUGCUGGGAGCAACUCGCCUCGCUGGUGGGUGUGCUGGGAGCAAUUCACCUGGCUGGUGGGGGUGCUGGGAUCAACUCGUCUGGCUGGUGGGGGGUGCUGGGAGCAACUCGCCUGGCUGGUGGGGGUGCUAGGAGCAACUCACCUGGCAGGCUGAUGGGGGUCCUGGGAGCAACUCGCCUGGCUGGUGGGGGUGCUGGGAGCAACUCACCUAGCAACUCACCUGGCUGGUGGGGGUGCUGGGAGCAACUCACCUGGCCGGUGGGGGUGCUGGGAGCAACUCACCUGGCUGGUGGGGGUGCUGGGAGCAACUCACCUGGCUGGUGGGGGUGCUGGGAGCAAGUAACCUGGCCUGUAGGGGUGCUGGGAGCAACUCGCCUGGCUGGUGGGGGUGCUGGGAGCAACUCGCCCGGCUGGUGGGGGUGCUGGGAGCAAUUCGCCUGGCUGGUGGGGGUGCUGGGAGCAACUCGCCUGGCUGGUGGGGGUGCUGGGAGCAACUCGCCUUGCUGGUGGGAGUGCUGGGAGCAACUCGCCUGGCUGGUGGGGGUGCUGGGAGCAACUCGCCUGGCUGGUGGGGGUGCUGGGAGCAACUCGCCUGGCUGGUGGGGGUGCUGGGAGCAACUCGCCUGGCUGGUGGGGGUGCUGGGAGCAACUCGCCUGGCUGGUGGGUGUGCUGGGAGCAACUCACCUGGCUGGUGGGGGUGCUGGGAGCAACUCACCUGGCUGGUGGGGGUGCUUGGAGCAACUCACCUGGCUGGUGGGGGUGCUGGGAGCAACUCACCUGGUUGGUGGGGGUGCUGGGAGCAACUCGCCUGGCUGGUAGGGGUGCUGGGAGCAACUCACAUGGCUGGAGCAACUCACCUGGCUGUUGGGGGUGCUGGGAGCAACUCACCUGUCUGGUGGGGUUGCUGGGAGCAACUCACCUGGCUGGUGGGGGUGCUGGGAGCAACUUUCCUGGCUGGUGGGGGUGCUGGGAGCAAUUCACCUGGCUGGUGGGGGUGCUGGGAGCAACUCGCUUGGCUAGUGGGGGUGCUGGGAGCAACUUGCCUGGCUGGUGGGGGUGCUGAGAGCAACUCGCCUGGCUUGUGGGGGUGCUGGGAGCAACUCACCCGGCUGGUGGGGGUGCUGGAAGCAACUCACCUGGCUGAGGUGCUGGGAGCAACUCGCCUGGCUGGUGGGGGUGCUGGGAGCAACUCGCCUGGCUGGUGGGGGUGCUGGGAGCAACUCGCCUGGCUGGUGGGUGUGCUGGGAGCAACUCACCUGGCUGGUGGGGGUGCUGGGAGCAACUCACCUGGCUGGUGGGGGUGCUUGGAGCAACUCACCUGGCUGGUGGGGGUGCUGGGAGCAACUCACCUGGUUGGUGGGGGUGCUGGGAGCAACUCGCCUGGCUGGUGCUGGGAGCAACUCGCCUGGCUGGUGGGGGUGCUGGGAGCAACUCACCUAGCAACUCACCUGGCUGGUGGGGGUGCUGGGAGCCACUCACCUGGCCGGUGGGGGUGCUGGGAGCAACUCACCUGGCUGGUGGGGGUGCUGGGAGCAACUCACCUGGCUGUUGGCGGUGCUGGGAGCAACUUGCCUGGCUGGUGGGGUUGCUGGGAGCAACUCACCUGGCUGGUGGGGGUGCUGGGAGCAACUCGCCUGGCUGGUGGGGGUGCUAGGAGCAAUUCGCCUGGCUGGUGGGGGUGCUGGGAGCAACUCGCCUGGCUGGUGGGGGCGCUGGGAGCAAUUCGCCUGGCUGGUGGGGGUGCUGGGAGCAACUCGCCUGGCUGGUGGGGGUGCUGGGAGCAACUCGCCUUGCUGGUGGGAGUGCUGGGAGCAACUCGCCUGGCUGGUGGGGGUGCUGGGAGCAACUCGCCUGGCUGGUGGGGGUGCUGGGAGCAACUCGCCUGGCUGGUGGGGGUGCUGGGAGCAACUCGCCUGGCUGGUGGGGGUGCUGAGAGCAACUCGCCUCGCUGGUGGGUGUGCUGGGAGCAACUCACCUGGCUGGUGGGGGUGCUGGGAGCAACUCACCUGGCUGGUGGGGGUGCUUGGAGCAACUCACCUGGCUGGUGGGGGUGCUGGGAGCAACUCACCUGGUUGGUGGGGGUGCUGGGAGCAACUCGCCUGGCUGGUAGGGGUGCUGGGAGCAACUCACAUGGCUGGUGGGGGUGCUGGGAGCAACUCACCUGGCUGGUGGGGGUGCUAGGAGCAACUCACCUGGCUGGUGGGGGUGCUGGGAGCAACUCACCUGGCUGGUGGGGGUGCUGGGAGCAACUCAUCUGGCUGGAGCAACUCACCUGGCUGUUGGGGGUGCUGGGAGCAACUCACCUGUCUGGUGGGGUUGCUGGGAGCAACUCACCUGGCUGGUGGGGGUGCUGGGAGCAACUCGCCUGGCUGGUGGGGGUGCUAGGAGCAACUCACCAGGCUGAUGGGGAUCCUGGGAGCAACUCGCCUGGCUGGUGGGGGUGCUGGGAGCAACUCACCAGGCUGAUGGGGGUCCUGGGAGCAACUCGCCUGGCUGGUGGGGGUGCUGGGAGCAAUUCACCUAGCAACUCACCUGGCUGGUGGGGGUGCUGGGAGCAACUCACCUGGCUGGUGGGGGUGCUGGGAGCAACUCACCUGGCUGUUGGGGGUGCUGGGAGCAACUCACCUGGCUGGUGGGGUUGCUGGGAGCAACUCACCUGGCUGGUGGGGGUGCUGGGAGCAACUCGCCUGGCUGAUGGAGGUGCUAGGAGCAAUUCGCCUGGCUGGUGGGGGUGCUGGGAGCAACUCGCCUGGCUGGUGGGGGUGCUGGGAGCAAUUCGCCUGGCUGGUGGAGGUGCUGAGAGCAACUCGCCUGGCUGGUGGGGGUGCUGGGAGCAACUCGCCUUGCUGGUGGGAGUGCUGGGAGCAACUCGCCUGGCUGGUGGGGGUGCUGGGAGCAACUCGCCUGGCUGGUGGGGGUGCUGGGAGCAACUCGCCUGGCUGGUGGGGGUGCUGGGAGCAACUCGCCUGGCUGGUGGGGGUGCUGGGAGCAACUCGCCUCGCUGGUGGGUGUGCUGGGAGCAACUCACCUGGCUGGUGGGGGUGCUGGGAGCAACUCACCUGGCUGGUGGGGGUGCUUGGAGCAACUCACCUGGCUGGUGGGGGUGCUGGGAGCAACUCACCUGGUUGGUGGGGGUGCUGGGAGCAACUCGCCUGGCUGGUAGGGGUGCUGGGAGCAACUCACAUGGCUGGUGGGGGUGCUGGGAGCAACUCACCUGGCUGGUGGCCGUGCUAGGAGCAACUCACCUGGCUGGUGGGGGUGCUGGGAGCAACUCACCUGGCUGGUGGGGGUGCUGGGAGCAACUCAUCUGGCUGAGGUGCUGGGAGCAACUCGCCUGGCUGGUGGGGGUGCUGGGAGCAACUCGCUUGGCUGGUGGGGGUGCUGGGAGCAACUCGCCUGGCUGGUGGGGGUGCUGGGAGCAACUCACCUGGCUGGUGGGGGUGCUGGGAGCAACUCACCUGGCUGUUGGUGGUGCUGGGAGCAACUCACCUGGCUGGUGGGGUUGCUGGGAGCAACUCACCUGGCUGGUGGGGGUGCUGGGAGCAACUCGCCUGGCUGGUGGGGGUGCUAGGAGCAACUCGCCUGGCUGGUGGGGGUGCUGGGAGCAACUCGCCUGGCUGGUGGGGGUGCUGGGAGAAACUCGCCUGGCUGGUGGGGGUGCUGGGAGCAACUCGCCUGGCUGGUGGGGGAGCUGGGAGCAACUCGCCUGGCUGGUGGGGGUGCUGGGAGCAACUCACCUGGCUGGUGGGGGUGCUGGGAGCAACUUACCUGGCUGGUGGGGGUGCUGGGAGCAACUCGCCUGGCUGGUGAGGAUGCUAGGAGCAACUCGCGUGGCUAGUGGGGGUGCUGGGAGCAACUCGCCUGGCUGGUGGGGGUGCUGGGAGCAACUUGAUUGGCUGGUGGGGGUGCUGGGACCAACUCGAUUGGCUGGUGGGGGUGCUGGGAGCAACUCGCCUGGCUGGUGGGGGAGCUGGGAGCAACUCGCCUGGCUUGUGGGGGUGCUGGGAGCAACUCACCUGGCUGGUGGGGGUGCCGGGAGCAACUCACCUGGCUGGUGGGGGUGCUGGGAGCAACUUGCCUGGCUGGUGAGGAUGCUAGGAGCAACUCGCCUGGCUAGUGGGGGUGCUGGGAGCAACUCGCCUGGCUGGUGGGGGUGCUGGGAGCAACUCGAUUGGCUAGUGGGGGUGCUGGGAGCCACUCGAUUGGCUGGUGGGGGUGCUGGGAGCAACUCGCCUGGCUGGUGGGGGUGCUGGGAGCAACUCACCUGGCUGGUGGGGGUGCUGGGAGCAACUCACCUGGCUGGUGGGGGUGCUGGGAGCAACUCACCUGGCUG